GGGCAUGCCGCCAUGGUGGCAGGCGGGCAGCUCCGACGGGGCCCCGGCCGUGCAGGGCGGGUCGGCCGUGGGCAGGUUCUUCGGCGAGACGGCGAGGAAGGCGCGGGACGCCCACGACAGGCUGGUGCUGCUGCGGCACGCGGCCGCCCACGGCCCUGCGCCGGAGGCGCCGGGGGAGGGCGGGCCCACCCUCGCCGUGGAGCUCUGCGCCGCGGCGGACCUGCGCUCGCCCACCAGCGCCCUCGGCAAGGUCGACAGCUACUGCGAGCUUGCCCUGGGCGAGGCUGGCGCACGCUGGGCCGCCAAGUGCGGCCCCGGGCCCCGCGCCACGACGCCGGUGGCCCUGCGGCAGUGCAGCCCCCGCUGGGGGGCCACCUGCUCGCUGCCGCUGCCCGGCGGCGCGCAGGCCGCAGAGCUGGAGCUGAGCGUGCGGGUCAUGCUGGCCAGCGCGGUGCAGGGUGACAGGGUCCUGGGCGAGGCGCGGGUCCCCCUCGCCGAGACCGCCGGCGCCGCCACGGUGAGGCUGCAGGGGGCCGGCUUCGCCUCCCUGAGCCUGCGGUGGUGCACGCUGGUUUCUGGCUCGCCGGGCAGCACCGCGGCCACGCUCCAGGGGUCGGAGGACCAAGCGCACGCCCCGGGCUCGCCGCAGUCGCCCGCGGCGGCCUGUCAGCGGGCCGGCGGCAACGUCGUGCAGAUGGCCUCUCCGAGGGAGCUGCGUGGGGGCACUGACGCCGAGGGCGGGGGACUGGGGAGGCGGUGGGACAUCGACGCGGAGUACGGCGCGCUCGGCCCAGGCGAGCCAGGGCCGCGGGGCGCCGACCCCUUCGAGGAGGCCCUCACGUUCUGGGCCGCCCUCGCCCGCGGUGCCCCGCAGGGGCUGCAGGGAGGCCCCGGCCCUUUCGCCGCGCGCCUGCUUGCCGCCGGGGAGGACGAGGCGCUCCUGAACGAGCUGGUGCUGCAGGCCCCGCUGGGCCAGCAGAUCUGCGGCGCCCGGGAGCCGCUGCCGCCCCUGCUGGACGCGCUCGCCGCGCGGCAGGGGGCCCUGUCGCCCCUCGCCUGCAGCCGCGUCGCGGGGGCGCUCACCGAGCGGGUCUGCGGCCUCGGCCCCGAGGCGCCGCGCGCGCGGGAGGUGUCCGCCCUGUGCGAGCUCUUCGAGACCUCGCAGGGGGAGGACCUGGUGCGGCUGAAGAGGUUCGUCGACGCCGCGGGCGCCGACCACGACAUGCGGCAGGUGGUCUUCUCCGCCAUCCCGCCAGGCCCGCUCCGCCAGCGCGUCCUGGACCACUUCAGGCAGCAGGCGGCCGAGCUGGACGAGCGGCCGAACCACGUGCUCUCGGACAUCGACAACACCGUCUGGGUCGGCACGUUCGGCACCGGAGGGCCGAAGUUCCCGCAGGGGCCCGUUCCCGGUGCCGUGGCGCUCUACAACGCCGUGGGCGGGCACACCACCUUCCUCUCGGCAAGGCCGCCGGUGUGGAUGGCCAACACCCGCAGGCUGCUGCUCGACGAGGUGGGCGUGGCAGAGGCCGUGGUGCUGCCGGGCACCCUGAAGAACGCCGUGCACACGCUCUUCCGGCCGGAGCAGGCGCACAGGGCGAUGGGCGAGCGCAAGCUCGAGGUCUUCCUCGAGUUCGCGGAGCUCCACCCCGAGGCGCGGUUCAUCUUCUUCGGGGACAGCGGCGAGGGCGACGUCGACUUCGCCCUGCAGUUCAUGUCGACGCACGACGGGCUCGCGAGGGAUCGGCGCGACCGCGCCGCGCUGAUCCACGACGUGGCGCUGGCGGACGGCGUCGUCCCGAAGACGCCCGCGGCGCGGCGCCAGGAGCUGCGCCUCGGCGGCGUCAUCGUCUUCGACACGUUCGCGGGGGCCGCCGUGGAGCUCGCGAGGCUCGGCCUGCUGGGCGCGGACGGGCUCCGGGCCGCCGCGCACCGCUGCCUGGAGGAGUUCGGCGACAUCCCGCCGGAGGAGUUCGCCUCGCCCGAGGUGUUCGAGGUUCGCCGCAACGAGCUGCUCCGUGACCUGCAGAAGGUGAACGAGGAGCUCCGCCGGGCCGACGCCCACCCCGCCCCCGGCGCCGCACCGGGCGCGCGCGGCGCCGCCAGCGGACCGUAGGCCCCGAGGCUGACCUGUGGAGGGCCGUCGGGAUCCCGCCCGAGGCGCCCCGCUAGCGCGGAGCCGCCGCCCCGCCGCGGCCCGCCGCGGCCCGCCGAGGCCCUCGGUGGGCGCUCGCGUGCCGCCGCGCGCUCGAGGAA